CAUCUUGUACGUAUUCCCAUUCUUCCAUUUCACCUUCACCAAAUAAUAAUAAUAAAAUAAUUUAUUGUUCCCCUGAGGAUCCAUUCCUAAAUCUCAGAUUCAGAAAUCUCCUCCUGGGAACCCUAACCCUAAUUUUCACUUUUCUCCUUCUAAAUCCUUCUUCGUCUUCUUCUUCAAUUCAAAUCAAUGGCUUCCGAAAUGUUCACCGACAAAACCGCCGUUUUCCGGAAGCUCAAAUCCAAAUCGGAGAAUAAGAUGUGUUUUGAUUGUAACGCGAAGAAUCCUACUUGGGCGUCGGUGACCUACGGGAUAUUUUUGUGUAUUGAUUGUUCCGCUACGCAUCGGAGCCUCGGUGUUCAUAUUAGCUUCGUUAGGUCAACCAAUUUAGAUUCAUGGACACCAGAUCAGUUAAAAAUAAUGAGCUUCGGUGGCAACAACCGUGCCCAGGUCUUCUUCAAGCAACACGGGUGGACAGACGGAGGAAAAAUCGAGGCCAAAUACACCUCAAGAGCUGCUGAGUUAUACAAACAAUUACUCCAAAAAGAAGUUGCCAAAAGUUCCGCAGAAGACGUUACCUUACCAUCAUCAACUGUUUCCGCCAAACCAGUUGACCCUUUUGAUGGACCUUCUGACUUCAAGGUCAUUGAACCCCCAAAAGAGACCCCUUUAGCAAAACCCGACACAAAUGGAUCUGCUCCAGUUAAAACUGUUUCAUCCAUUCGUACAACGACUGUCAAAAAGCCUAUUGGUGCAAAAAAGACUGGAAAGCCUGGUGGGCUUGGUGCAAGAAAGCUUAGCACUAAGACAAGUGAAAGCUUGUAUGAUCAGAAGCCUGAAGAACCAGUGGUACAAGUGUCCACCUCAGCAAGUGGCAUGACACCGGCAGCUCCAACGCCUCAUACAUCUCGAUUUGAGUAUGUAGAUAGUUCUCAAACAACCGUGGAGACGGGUCCCGGAGGUGUGAACACACUUAAUCAUGUUGCGCCACCCAAGUCUAACAGUUUCUUUGCGGAGUAUGGCAUGGACAGUGGUUUCUCCAAAAAAAGCACUUCAUCAAAAGUUCAGAUACAGGAAACCGAUGAAGCAAGAAAGAAGUUUUCUAAUGCUAAAUCUAUUUCAUCAGCGCAAUUUUUUGGGGAUCACGAGAAAGCUGAUCUUGAUAGUCAGGCGAGACUUGAUAAGUUUAAGGGCUCAGCAGCCAUCUCAAGUGCCGAUCUAUUUGGUCAUGACUCGGAUGAUUCCAACCUUGAUAUCAGUGCUAGUGACCUCAUCAACCGAUUGUCUUUCCAGGCACAACAGGAUAUGUCAUCUCUAAAGAACAUAGCAGGAGAAACAGGAAAGAAGCUGAGCUCCAUAGCCUCGACCAUAAUGAACGAUUUUCAAGACAGAAUCCUGUGAGAAAGUUGUGUUAAUUACAGAAAGACCCUUAUAAAAAAUCUUGUUAUGUGUAAAGGGUGCUCGUCUUUUAUCAUAUUUUGUAGCUGGAAAUUCUUUUAAUACCGUGAUGUGUGUCUUAUCGUUUUCUUGCCUUGAAAUCUAGAGAGGUACAAGGCGUUUAUCGGAUUGAGUCUAGACAUUUUAUUUUUUUGUGCACCUGCAGGUGAGAUAUAUGUAUAAGGUUGAAUCCUCCAGAAACAGGCUCUGUAUUACAUUUUCAAGACUAUAUCAUAUUUAGAUUCUUGAUGCAUUUUUGCAUACUUAAA